AUGAAUAAAUCAAAAAUUCUUUUGAAUAGCUGUAAAUUGAAAAAUGGAUAACUAUUACCUUAGGAAGAGAUUUCAGUAUCGAAACUUGAAUCUUUUGAAUAAGAUUCUCCAUUAAAAGAUAGCUACAAAGAUAAAAUUAAGAAUGAAGAAUCUGAAAAAGUAUUAUUUUCAAUUUAGCAUGAAAUAUUUUAAAAUGAAAGUAAAACAAUAUAGAACCAAAAUAAUUCCAAGUGUUUAAUUUAUCCUAAUCCUUUAAAGGAGUUAAGGAUUCCAUUCGAUAAAAUUUAGUUUAUUUUAUAGCCUAUUUAAAGAGAGGGAAUUUUAUAAUGUUAAAUUCGUAAGAUAGCAAUCUAAUCUUCAAAAUAAAAUGCGAAAUAUGAAUUAACAAUGUUUGAUUUACCAAUUUUGAUUGCUGAAAAAAUUCAAACUUUAUUUAAAAGGAAAAUUUUAAUUAAAUAGUCCGGUUUAAAUUACUUUGCUGGAAAAUUAAAAUGGGAUAUAUUUGGAAAAAACUUUAUUUUUCUUGAUCAUAAAGUAAGUCCAAAAAAAUGUUCUUCAAUUAAUAUGCAAAGAUUAUGUACAGGAGGAGCUAAUUAUUAAAAAACUGGAAAGAAGAAACCUCAUAAAAUUAGAGUAAUUUAAUGUUUAAAAAUAGAUAUACUUGCCUGAAUUAAACUCAAACAAUUAAAUGUACGAAUAUAGAUUAGAAAAGUGUAAAUACUUUGAUAGUAAACCAAAAUAUUUUUAGGAAUUUUAGAAUAGAGAACCAGAAUAUAAUCCAGGAGCAAAGUCUUUCGUUUUGCCAUUUUACAAUAGAGCUUUGAUAGCAUCAUCUAAGAAUUUAUAAUUAUUUCAAUAGGGUGACAAUAAGAUUAUCUUUCUUUUGGGAAAGAUUGAAAAAGGAGUAUACAAUCUCGAUUUUUAAUGGCCAAUUCUACCUUUAUAGGCUUUUUAAAUAGCAAUGUCAUGUUUCGUAUCAAGAGCAUCAGAUUGA